AAUGCAGCUUAAUUUACAGAAUAUGAACUCAGAAAACUGUGGAUAUUGAAUCUUUUAUCACCUCCUAUCGGCAAAUGACCGAGACAUGUUUUGAUUGUAGACAUUUGAGAAAGUGCUGCAAGGGUUAGACACACACCUCCAUGCUCCACUGCUUUAAGCUGCUGCAUGCAUAUAUUGUGAUCAAUAACCAGAUAAAAUGCAAAGUAAAAGUUCCUGCAGGUUGCUUUGUCAACACACUUCUGACAGCCAUCCAACCUGCAACAGCCCUUUUUCCUGUCUGCACUCAUGGAUCAGAGAGAUGCAGAGAGACCAGGCAAGGGCUGGAAGAGGAGAAGAGGAUUUCCCUUGUAAAACUCAAGUGUGAAGCAAGGGCAGGACGCACCCCCACCCCUCCACCUCCACCACUACACUUCCCCUAACGGUGAUGUCAGUGCGAGCAGGGGCUCCCUGAUAAAAACCUUUGGACUGGAAUGAAGGAGAGCAAGAGAGAGAGAGAGAGAGAGAGAGAGGAGGAGGAGGAGAUGGAGAAGUGAAUGGAGGAGGACAUUACUACUACUAUUGCCUGGACCGGUGCAGCAGCAGCAGCAGAGAGGCGCACGCUGAAUCGCGAGCAGACACCGGACAGUGAUUUAUGGGACUCGUUUGUUUCUGUCCUCCUAUUACAGGACAGCGUCUUCUAGGGGAGCUGUUGACACUUUGCUCAGUGCGGUGUUUGCUUUUGGAGUUGGCCAAACUCACCUUGCGGUCAUGUUUUUGGAACAGGACGCGCUAAAAGGUGCGACAAUGGGCAGGUAAAAAGUACCAGGAGGACUUUUGUAACGCGUGUUUUGGAUAAACUCGGAUGAGAGUGAUUUUGUAAAUGUGAUUAAACCAGAAUUUAGUUAUGCACCUUCCUUUGUCACGUUGGUGAUUCUGACACCAAGUCAGCCGUGGCGUCCUCGUCUUGCGUUUAGACUGAUAUGAAAGAGGCAAAGCUAUAAAAAACGACUGCAGCUGCGCCAAGAAAUUAUUUAAUUUAGCUGACUAUAUAUAUUUUUAUUUUAAAUUAAAAACAUUAUCUACAUUAUUCGAAAUCUACAAAUAAUAAUCUCAAAUUCUGUGUACUUUUCCUUGUGUGACUUUGCUGAUUCUUUAUUCUAAUCUUAUUUAAGAGAGAAAGUUUAAAUCAGAUUUACGGAUGGGUAAUCUGUGCAGAUGUUUUAAAUGGUCUGAACAUAAUCUGGUGUAAGGCUUUUAAGCAGGUUUGGUUUUGUCUUUAUUCAGAACAAACGCAGACUAGUCAGAGAAAAUGUUGUUUAUCAGACUAAUAGCAAUCUUCCUCAUCCUCAUCACAAACACGUGGCUACUCAGUCCAGUUCGAUCAGAUGCGCUUAGGCGGUACAAGAGCUCAUUGGCCCGGCGGGCGGACCGAGAGCUGUCCAGACUAGCAGGUGAACCCUGCACCGUCUCCGGCGUCUGGCGGUCCCGCAGGCAGCCCCGCGCCCUUUCCCCGGUCCAACACCGUCCCCUAGCGGCUACCAGCCGAGGUGCGCUUUACCCCGUCCUGAGCGCUCGGGUUUGCGCAGGCGAGUGCAGGUCCGACACCGGGGUCCGACAGGUCGCUCCUGCUGGGGAGGACAGCGGCGGCUGGGGCGCUGGCCAAGAGGCGGAGGUGAGAGCAGGCGGUGGACAAGUUAAGUUACUCGAAAGGUUAUAUGAGAACAAAAUCUCAAAACACGAGAAAGAGUCAAAUAAUGCCCAUGGAGGCGCGUCGCAGGAACCCGGGAGCCGUGCGCCGUCCCCGCGCAGCUAUAGCUCCAGGUUUCCCCGCAGCCCAGACGCGAAGCUUCGCUAUGAGGAAGGGGGACAUGCCAAGUGGGAGAAAGUUUCUCCCAACAGCUCGGCACACCACGGUGGCCUCCGGGUCCCCCAAGACCUACCGCAGAGGGACGGCGACAACCAGUCUUCCACGGUGACCCUGGAGGAUGGCGCGGAGGAUUAUUCCGGAGAGGUGGAGGAGACGGACCCGCCGGGUAGCUCACCCUGGAGCGGUCCCGUGCCCAGAGUGCCCCCCUCCUGGAUGACCGCUCUGUACUUCCGCGGGCACUGGGAGCAGCUGAAGGUGAAGCUGGCCGAGGGAGUGGAGCUGCCACGGGCCAGGUUCAGCCUGGAGUUGUGGGUGAAGCCGGAGGGCGGGCAGAGCAACCCCGCGGUCAUAGCAGGUGUCUUUGACAACUGCUCCCAUUCACUAAGUGAGAAGGGCUGGUCUGUAGGCAUUCAGACUGUGGAAGCAACAGGAAUCAAAGACGCACGAUUCUACUUCUCUCUUCGUACGGACAGAGCUGUGAAGUCCACCACUGUCUACGGCCACCAGCGGUACCAAGCUAAUGCCUGGACUCACCUAAUGGCAACAUACAACGGCCACCGCAUGACCCUGUAUGUCGAUGGGGCUAAGGUUGGAGAAAGUAGUUUCCAGUCUGGGAAUCUCUACAGCUCAUUCAUGCAGACCUGCAGGACCUUAUUUCUUGGCGGUAAACAAUCUGACCAAGGACAGAGCUUCAGGGGCCACAUUGGAGGAGUGAUCUUGUGGGGCUAUGCCCGCACCCACGAGGAUCUACUGAAAACACCACUUCAGAUUGACCAGAACAAGCCAGUUGUAGCCAUGUGGAGGGAUUUUACUGAUGUGCAUCGUUUCUGGACCCCGUAUAAAUCUGGCCUUCACCCAGCUGUUGUCACCACUCCGGUCCCUGAACAAGAACUUGUCUCCACGUUCCUGCCGCCACCUUGUGGCCUGACUCAAUGCGACAACCCAGACAUCAUCUCUGGGUACAACAACAACUGGCAGCUGCAUCCUUCCAAACGCAUUCUCUACCAAAUCGUCAACCUCUCUGAUGACGACGGUGGAAAUCCAACAGUGACUCAAUCCCAGAUCCAGAUGCAGCAUCAGGCUAUAAAUGAAGCUUUUCGGCCUUACAACAUCACCCUUGAUUUGAGUGUCCUUAAUGUUAAAAAUUCCAGCCUUCAACGGAGAUUUAUCCUCAGCAACUGCCGAAUUGGCAAGAUUGGGAACCGCCAGUGUGACCCAGAGUGUGACCACCCAAGGACGGGCCACGAUGGAGGGGACUGUCUCAGGAUAGGCCACUGCUACAACUGGAAGAGACAGGAUGGGGUUUGUAAUGAGGAGUGCAACAGCAUCUACUAUGACUACGAUGAUGGAGACUGCUGUGACCCAGAUGUCACCGAUGUCCUCAAGACUUGCUUUGAUCCCGAAUCGCCAGAGAGAGCUUAUAUGAGCGUGAAAGAACUGAAGGAGGAACUAAACCUGAGCGGCACCGACAAACUCAACGUCUUCUUUGCUAGCAACUCGGUGCGUGAAGAGCUGGCAGGAGCUGCAACAUGGCCGUGGGCAAAGGAGGCUCUUACACAUCAAGGUGGGAUGGUUCUGAACCCGACCUACUUUGGGACAAGAGGACAUCAAAACACAAUGAUCCACGAGAUGGGACACAUUUUUGGAUUAUACCAUGUGUUCAAGGGCGUGAGUGAGCGGGACUCCUGUGAUGACCCAUGUCAGGAGAUGACUCCAUCCAUGGAGACAGGAGAUCUGUGUGCCGACACGGCACCAACAACCAAAUCCAAUUCCUGCCAUGACCCUGAAGCUGUGAAUGAUACGUGUGGAUUCAGCUCCUUCCGGGACACUCCGUACAGCAACUACAUGAGUUACGCAGAUGACAACUGCACCAACCAUUUUACUCCAAAUCAAGUAGCCAGGAUGCACUGUUAUCUGGACUUGGUCUACCAGAACUGGAUGAUGGACCGUCGACCCGCCUCCAUCCCACUUGCCCCUAUAGUGACGGGCCAAAGCACCAAUUCUGUCUCUUUAUAUUGGCUUCCACCUAUGAGGGGGGCACUUUUUCAAAGCUCAUCAUUUCAAGCGUCUGGCAUCAACUGUGGAGACUGUGAGAAAGACGGCGUCUUCCACCAGUACGCCUAUCAGGCGUCCUCUCCUCGUCUCUGUGACACGUCGGGUUACUGGACACCCGAAGAGGCAGUUGGGCCGCCUGAUGUGGAGCAACCCUGUGAACCCAGUCUCCAGGCCUGGAGUCCGGAGCUCAGUCUCUACGACACUAAUGUGACGUCACCGUGCCCUGACACGGAGGGCUGCACCCUCACGCUGAGAUUCCUGCACCCUGUCAUUCCUCACACACUUACGCUCUGGGUAACCUACAUCUCAUCAAAGAAUCCAGCUUUAGCCAAUAUCGAGCUGAUAACAGAGGAGGAGAAAAGCAUCAGCCUUGGACCACAGCAUGUUUUCUGUGACAUGCCCCUCACCAUUCAUCUUGACACUCACAAAGUGGCCAUAGCUGCUGUCAAACUCUGCACCUUUGAUGACAAAAUGGAAAUUGAUGCAGUCAUGUUGUCUUCUGGUCCUGGUAGCUCUUUUUGCUCCGGCUGCCAGCCUCUGCUCUACCGGAUUCAGCGUCAGCCUCCUUUCACCAGUACAUCCCUCUCAGCUCAGACCCAGCAAACAUUUACUGACAGCUCUGUUAUUCAGGGAGUGAAGUACCAGUACACAAUCCAGGUGGAAGCAGAUGGUCUCCUCAGCCAUCCCUCACCACCUCUUAUCUACACACAUGGACAGCCCUACUGUGGCGAUGGGCUCACACAGGGGAUGGAGGAGUGCGAUGACAGAAAUCUAUUGGAUGGUGACGGCUGCUCUAAGAAAUGCCUCAAGGAGAAGGGCUUUAACUGUAAUGGUGAACCUAGCCAGUGUUAUGUUUAUGAUGGUGACGGUGUGUGUGAAGAGUUUGAGCGGGAUUCAAGUGUACAAGACUGCGGUUACUUCACACCUUUGGGUUACACAGACCAGUGGGCAUCCACGGCCACUGCUUCUCACCAGCAUCCCAAACGCUGUCCUGCUAACGGUGUCACAGGGGAGCCGUCGCUUCCCAAGCUUUGUAGUUUUCAGCACCUGGAGGUGAGUGAAUUAUUGCCCACUGAUGCCUGGUUCCCUUGCACAGCCCAGUCCGACACAAAUAAUGGCCUGGAACAUUCAUACUGGUUAAAGGUGGGAUUUGUCCAUCCUGGAGUAGCAGCCUCAGUGAUGGUGUACCUGGCCUCUGAUGGUUCAUGGUCAGGGGAGCAGUAUCGAAGAAAAACCACCAUCCUCCUCUCAGAUGCUAAUGGGAAAAACCACUCAAUAGGCACUCACGACCUCUCUUGCCAUCGCAACCCACUGGUGGUGAAUGUGACCCAUGACCUCUCUCAACCCUUCUUCCUCACAUCAUCUGUUAUCCUCCUCUUCUCCUCCCCCUUUGUGGCGGUGAGAGGCGUAGCUUUGAGGACUUCCUGCCACUUCAGCACCUUCGCCCUGACCGGCUGUUUACGGCAGCCGUGUCAAAUAGACAGCUGCAGCCCUCCGCAAGUGAAACACGCCUCCAUCAGGUGUACAGGAGGAGGGGAAGCAUCCCGGUGCUCUGUCCAGUGUCACCGGGGUUUCACCAUCACUGUCCUCAAUGGCAGGGGGACUCCAUCCAACCAGAAAGCGAUUGAGCUGGUGUGUUUUCAUGGCUCGUGGGAUCGCGAAGUCAGCUGUGAGCUUGUAGACUGUGGCCUUCCUGAUCAGUCUCAUGUUUAUCAUGCGAUAUUCAGUUGCCCAUGGGGAACCACCUUUGGCAAGCAAUGCUCUUUCACCUGUGGACCACCAGCCAUAUUACAAGGAGACAGUGAUAGGUUGGUGUGUCUGGAAGACGGGUUGUGGUCUUUUCCAGAAGCCUACUGUAAGAUCGAGUGUCCCGAGGGUCUGAACAUUUCCAAUGCCAAACUGCUAACACCACAGUGUGUGGAUUCAGGGCACCACGUAGGGUCUGUGUGUCGUUAUAAAUGCAACCCUGGCUUCUACGUAGUGGGGAGUCUCAAAACGAAGACACCAAGAAAAUACUUUAAGCUGGAGUGUUUGGAGGAUGGUCAGUGGGAGGAAAACAACUGCGAGCCCAUAUCCUGCCCAGCCUUGCACAACGUGUUCCAGGGUCUGUACUCCUGCACCAACGGCCUGCAUUACAACACCCGCUGCACCCUGCAGUGCCCUGAUGCUUCAGAAAAUAUGGAAAUUCGCUGUGCCAAAGACGGAAAGUGGACAGCAGAAUUUACCAUGUGCUCCACGCUUCAAGGUUCCUGCUCUUCUCCUCCAGAUCUCCACUCUGUUGAGUACAGCUGUGACCAAGGCAUGGAGAUUGGUGACGUGUGUUAUCCAACAUGUGCUGUCGUUGUGAACGUGGAUCUGCAUGACCCAGUGGUUCUGCCCAGCGGCGUCACAGUUGAUGCUCUAAAGCACUGGAUGCUGCCAAACGCUGUCCAGAGCAUAGUCUGCACCGGGUUGAUGAAAUGGUACCCUGACCCACAAAACAUCCACUGUAUCCCGUCAUGUGAGCCUUUUGGAGGGGACGGUUGGUGUGACACCAUCAACAAUAGGGCAUAUUGCCAGUAUGAUGGAGGGGACUGCUGCCCAUCCACGCUCUCCACGAGAAAGGUCAUCCAGUUUGGCGCGGACUGCAGUGAGGAUGAGUGCACUUGCCGCGAUCCAGAUGCCGAGGAGAACAAGAGCAGAGCCAAACACUUGGAUGGAGAAGGUGGAGCUGGAGGAAGAAUACAAUAAGAUGGAGAGAUAAAAGAGCCUGAACUAGUGUUAAAUGAAAGUCAAACCACAAGAUACAUGCCACAGCAAACAACAAAAUGUCAGAUUUUGAACAUUUUGUAAUACAAAGAAUGUGAUUGAAGUCAGACUUUGUGCAAUAAAAGGCAGUUUUUAUUACAUUAUAAGAGAUUUUAUGAUCAAAUUGCAUCAAAUGUGAGGCACGUUGGGUUAAGGCUUUAAUCCCUACCUUCAGCUCAGCGAAAAACAUCAAAACAAGGUUACACAGAUUUCAGUCCCAGUUUGGAAACCAAAGCAUAUCUGCACUGGAGAAGCAGAAAAUGUUUAACCGCCAUUUUCUGCAGAAAUAAAGUCAUUGUAAUUAGAUGAAAUAGCAUUUUUGUGAAUUUUGACGUGUCUGGCCAGAGAAUUGUCCAGUGGAUGCACAAACCUCAAGCUGAGGGCUACUGGUGAAAAAUAUUUGCGCUACAUUGACCAUAGUAAUCACACUGAGGCAUGCCUGAAACUCCACUCCAAACCAGUAAGGACCGAAUGAAUCAACUCAGGAGUCAUUAUAUAAAAAGAUUACGCCUCAGUCUUCAUACCAGACCAAACAAAAGUCCAGGUGUUGAGUUGUGUCUGACGUGUUAGGUGUGUAAGUGGAUACAUAUCUGUACAGACAUAUAUGAUAAUAUAUUUGGAUCACCUAGCGUAUCUAUUGGGACAACUGUUACUCACACACACACCAAUACUCUCACACACACCAAUACUCUAUUAAUUAGACAACAGUCAAGUUGAAUAUGUUAUGUUGUUUUAGCAAGUAAUGUCAAAUAAGUUUGAAAAUCAACUGUAAAGCAUAAAUAUAUUUAUCGUCCUCUCUUGCUCAAUACCACUGAAUGCUAUCCGCACGUACAGCAAAGUUACACACACCUUACACACACCUGUGCCUGCAUGUGUGUGAGUGUAAGAGAGGCAGGUUCUUGUGUUUUUAAUUCUCCGUCACUGUAUCAUACCUAUGAAAGUAUAAUCAUGUUCUUUGUGAUACUUUACUGUACUUUAUACACCGUGUAAUAAAUACUAACUUUAAAUGGA